AUGGCGCCAGGGUCUGCAAUGGAAGGGCUAUUUUCAGUAAAGUCCGAUGUUUACAGCUUUAGAGUUUUAAUGCUAGAAAUCAUAAGUGGGAAAAAGAAUGUGGGCUUCUAUCAUCCAGAGCAUGCAGAAAGCCUUCUCCCACAUGCAUGGCGACUAUGGAAUGAAGACAAAGGACUGGAGUUGAUAGAUCAGACCUUAGUCGACACUGGUCCUCGAAAUCAGCCUCUGAGAUUGAUCCAUAUCGCAUUAUUAUGUGUUCAGGAAGAUCCCAAUGAAAGACCUACAAUGUCAAUGGUCGUCCUCAUGCUUGGAAGCAGCUCGAUAAAUCUUCAUCGUCCAUUACCACCUCCUUUUUCUUUAGCUAGAUCUAUCUUAUCUGAUCAAACUUCAACAACUGCGGCCAGGGUAGGAUUUUUCGCAUCUGAUCAAUAUUCAACAGGUGCUUCUAUCCAGUCAAAAGAUUAA